AUGGCGCCCGUGGGCACCAUUGUGCACACUGAUACCUUUUCCGGUGCCUGCCAGGGAGCAAACCAGAAUUCAGCAAAUGCCCAAUCCAGCUCUUCCCAGAACCAGCAGGUCCCUGAUAAUCCACCAAACUACAUACUUUUCCUCAACAACCUGCCAGAAGAGACCAACGAAAUGAUGCUGUCGAUGCUCUUCAAUCAGUUCCCUGGUUUCAAAGAAGUCCGGCUGGUCCCCGGCAGGCACGACAUCGCCUUUGUGGAGUUUGAAAACGAAGGGCAGGCGGGCGCCGCGCGGGACGCUCUCCAAGGCUUCAAAAUCACCCCCUCCCACGCCAUGAAGAUCACGUACGCCAAGAAGUAAAGCAGAAGGACUUGGUUAUUGUUGUUUUUUAUAUGACAUCAGCAUUUUGGUAAAUUGAAGUGCAAUUUCUUCAGUUUAAGGGAAAUAUAUCGUGCGACAUCGUUUGGAUCGUUCAAGGAGACAUCAGGAGUCUCACUUGUGCUUGGAAGAAAUCUGCAUUUCCUCAAAGUUAACUUGAGCUUGUGCUGAAUUUUUUUUUUUGGGGGGGUCCAUAUUCAGUUUAUACUGUGACGUUCUUUGGUUCUUCAUAGUGAGGUUCCCUUUAGGAAAAGCUGCCUGUUCAAGAA